UGUUUUGAGUCCUUACAAAAUUUCUUUAUAUCCAAUCUUUAUAAUAAUAAAUGGGUGCUAUAGCCAGUGUCUGCCAUAUUUUAAGCCCUUUGAGGCAUUAUUGGCAGGACAUGAAUCAGUCACUAACUGUAAAAAAAAAAUCAAAAUUUGGUCAGAGGAAUCAAGGAAAGAAAAUCCUGAAUUCUUCCUUUUUGUAGAAAAAAUGAAAACUCUCCAUGCAUAACUAUUUAAAGCUUGAAAACUUGUGAAAACUAUGUAUUUUGAUCAUUCAUUUUAAAGUCCUAUGGAACAAGUAUGGACAAGUAUGUCCUCAUUGCAUUGGUUAGACAUAUAAGCCCUGUUGAUGAGGUUCAAAAUGAUUUACUGCUUAGUUUUUCUGUUCUGUAGGUUUUGGAAUAAAGUUGAGAUAACAGUAUUGAAAUAUCUUAAUAAAGUCUAGUGUGCUACAGUGGAAAGUGCCCUGUAAACCAGAAGUGAUCUGGUAUGAUUCCAAAUCUAGCAGUUAGUUCCUUAUUAUCUUUUCAUUCUGACCUUGGGGGAGAAGGCUGUCAAAGGGACCAUUUGAGUGUACUUCUCUUGCUAUUUCCUGCUAAUGCAAACUAUUAGAGGGGACACUCAUUAAAAGUGGGUGGUGGUGGGCGCAGAGGGGCAUGACUUGCCUGCACAGAAAGGGAUGCCUGCAAGAGCCCUGCCUUUUUCUGUGGCAGGAACACUGGGGAGGGAGCCCCAGAAUGCUGAUGGCCACAGCUUUCAAGGCUUCUGUGAGCAAUCAGAUGGGAUGGCUCAGAAUCAGGAAGAUAGCUGAACACAUCACUUCGGAAAGGAGAAACAGAAGCUAAGAGCCAGGCUGACCAGAAAACAGGGAGAGGAGAACAAGUCAAAUUGAAUAGCUUAAACUGGAAUCCUGAAGAAGCCAGCUGAAAAGAGAUGUUACCAUGGAGAUGCAUUAUUGAACAAUAAACAGCGUUGCCUGGCGACCACACUUAACCUGACAUCUGGAGAAAAUCACUGUGUGGGCAGCAGGAGAGCUCUGACAGAAGACCACAUAGGAACACGGUUUUCGUUUAAUGUUGUGUCCUUGCCACCUCGGUGCCCCAGCAAUUGAUCGAAAUCUUCAAAAAAUUGAAGGCCCUUGCAUUUUUCAAAGUCUUGAAGACUCCCUGGCCAACAAAGAACAUUAAGCCCGGCUGUGGAGGCAGUUGCUUCUAUGCCAGGAACGGAACAUGCCGAGGAUUGCAUACCAGGGAUAUCAUUGACUGAAGGCCUGGAACUCAACACACAGUUGUUUUUAGAAAUGCAGAUUAAGAAAAUGAAGGAAAUAAUACCACAGUUGUAUACAAAUCAGGUGAAUGACAGAAAUAACUCUUUGACUACAUCCCCCAAACAACUUGACAGUGAACAUGUGAAUCAGCCCAAUGGCCAUGAAGCUCAGCCCAAUGGGCAUGAAGCUCACCUCCAUGGGUAUCAAGAGAGAAGGGCAGAGGAUGAUGAGAGGAUGUCUAUUGUUACUUGUAUGAGGUGUAGAAGUGUUCAAAAAAUCCCACUCGAGGAGCUGAAAAAGGACCAGAUGUUCUUUGCUUGUGUCAAGUGCAACUUAGGUAUAUCUCCUCCCUUCCCUUCCUUGAAUGAUGUACCAAAUGCCAUUGAUUCAGGAAAUAAAGAUAAUGCUACUUCAAGGACUAUUACUAACCAAUUUAAAGUAAAAAACUUUCAGCCAGGCAAAUAUUACUGUGAUAAAUGCCGGUUUUCUACCAAGGACGCUCUGCAAUAUAAAAAGCACACACUCCAACAUGAAGAUGUAAGAUUCUUUUGUUCUCACUGCAGCUAUGUCUCCUACACAAAAGGAGAAUUCCAGAGGCAUUUGGUGAAACACACAGGGACGUUUCCGUAUCAGUGUGAGUAUUGUGAUUAUGGUGCCGUCAGAAAUGAUUACAUAGUUAAACACACACGAAGAGUUCAUGAGACCAGUGGAGAGAAGCGACCUUUUAAACAGACUCUGGAAUACCAGUCAAAGAGAAUCAGUUUUUCCAAACCGAACUCUGAGGUUUUCAGUGAAGUUCCUAAGUCAGGUUCUUUUCUGAAUGAGCCAUCAGAUUUGUCUUUAUGUUUCCCUGGCCAUGGAGAUCAGGAUAGAGCAGACUGUGAUGAUGCUAUUCCCUUUAAAAAGUCCAAGGAGUGCAGCAAGGAGGAAGCAGCCUCAGCUCCUGACCAAGCCUGCCUUCCAGAACCAAGCAAAGUUAACUUUUUUGAGAAUGAAAACAUAGAAGUCGAGUUAUUGUCACCAGCCAAAGAAGCCGUGAAGCCAGGCGUGCCGCUGACUGUGGUGGCCCCAGCCGAACUGAAAGUCCCUGAUAACUGUUUAGCCCAGUUGAUAGAUGUGAAGGUAGUCAAUGGAACCCAGCAACUGGUUCUAAAGUUAAUUCCUCUGAAAGAAAAAAGUGGCUUUGCGCCUGGCUCUAAGGAAGGUAAGUAUGAGCUUGUGAGCAGAUCUACAGUGCCAAAUGAGCGAGAAAAAUUAGUGCCUACUGAACAAGCUCUACCAGCAGUGGACAGGAGUCCUGAAAAGCCAUUGGACGUUAAUAAUCUGCACUGCACAGAUUACACCCAAGUGAAGGAUCUAAGUCGCAGAAAAACUUGUGUUUCUCAAGUGUUAAAAAAUAAAGCAGAGACUUAUCAAAGCCCAUGUAGGUCCUGUCCAAAUCGUGACAGAAUUGGGGAGUGGAGGCAAGAAGUGCCUUCAGUUCCGUAUCGAGCAGCUCCUCUUUCUCCUGUUUCCUCAAGAGAUGGUGAUAUGAAACAAAAUAAGUGUUGUUGUUCGUUGUCUGUGAUGAACAGUGGUACUUUAUGCAGUCCUUUGAAAAGGUCAGGUGUUUUGCCACAUUUGUCUGCCCUUUCCCCCCAUCAAGACCGGUCUCCGAAUCAUUUAGAGAAAUCACUUUCAACUUGCAAACCUGCUGAAGCUAUUGGGACUUUUGCAGAAAGAGGCAAUUUGCCAGUAAGCCCAAGGGCCUCUCUGCAUAGGAACGAAGUUGGUAGUUUUAAAAUGGUAGCUUUCAGCAAAUCACCAAAACAAGCACAAGCAAAAGAACCUUCAGGUUGUCCAAAUCGGGUGCCAGAUUCCUCUUUACAUGGUGAACAAUCACACAUCACCUUAAUUGGAGAAAAUGAUAAUAAGACCCAAGACCCUGAGGAGAUUAUUUUGGAAGAUCUGAUGGGAAUUACUAUUCAGAAUUCAGAAAGCACUUCAUCAGAUGGUCCUGUCAUUUCAUCAGUAUUUUCUCUCAGUUCUGGGAUUGAAAAUAUCCCCGAAGGAAUUAAAUGGGACGAUGCAAGUUGUAGUAAGACAACAUCAGUCAGUUCAUUGCAUAGAAAAUUUGCCCAGUUGGUUGCUGCUACUGAUUCUUCGGCACCUUCAUUAAGCACUGUAGAACAGCUCUCCCUACCUUUGGGAACUCCUAUAGACUAUGUUCUGGGACAUACUGCACUCAACCUAGAUCCUCGCCCACAUCGGGAACUACAGAACAACGUUGCUGGUAUUGAACAAUUUACUUGUCAGCAGAUGCAAGGUCAGCACAGCAAGGAGGAGGCUGGAGAAAGGAGGAAGGGUCCUGAUGCCAGACCUAGCUUGGGAGAACUCAGUUCCACUGAGAAGGAACGUUUAGUAGAGAGUAAGCAGCCCUGUGAUGCGUUUGGCAACAAAAGGCUGUCACCAACAUCUGUUUCCUUCAAUUUUCUUGAACAAGUAGGCGAAGACUUAUCUUUGACAAAUAAAAGUCAGUCAACAGAGAGUUCCAGGAAUCUUGGUACAUCAUUGGAGAAUAAACCAAAUCAAGAACUGACUGCUAGUACUGUCUUUAACCAAUCAAAUUCUGCAUGUUCACAACCAAAAGAAACCAUUGAUAAGGAUCAACAGGAAAAAAUGAGUUUCAACGAUCCCACGGGGUCCAAAAUUAAGACGAAGCAGGCAGUUAUUGCCAAGAAAAAAACAAAACUCCAAUCUGACUCCAGCAACUUGCUUCCGGAUGUUUGUAUUUUUAUGACAUCAAGACAUCUCCGACUUAUGCCUGUCCGAACAGAACAGUUGAUUAAAUGCCCCCGCCGGAACCAGCCAGUUGUUGUGUUAAACCAUCCAGAUGUUGACUCAGUGGAAGUGAUUAAUGUGAUGAAGGUUGUCAACAAGUACAAAGGCAAUGUCCUCAAAGUGGUUUUAUCUGAGCGGACAUGUGAUCAGCUAGGUGUAAAACGGCAUCACAGUCGACUUAUCUAUCAGAACACGGAGGCAGUGUUCCCAGUGAAAAAGCAGACUAUGCUGAAAAUGAAACUUAAAAAGAUCCACAAGAACAGCUACCAGGUAGUGGAUUCCUUACCAGGUGAAUCAGUACAGGGUAUGUUUAAAUGUUGGUUUUGUGGAAGGAUAUAUGAAGACCAGGAAGAGUGGAUGAGUCAUGGGCAGCGACACUUGAUAGAAGCAACCAGAGAUUGGGAGCAGCUUUCUCCUCCUUUGGGGAUCCCCAAAUGAAUAGAUGGGAUUUUUAAAAAUUGGCUUUUCUUAUAUUAGGUAGUUUUGUUUUUGUUUUUGUUUUUGAGGGCAGGGGCAUGGGAAAGGAAAGGAGUCAGAAUGAGAGGGAGAAAAAUAUAGAUUAUGUAUAAGGAUAAAAAGUAGCACUUCAGAAUGUCUGAAAUUUCCAAAAUAUUCUAUACAAAUCAAGUCUUUCUGCACCAUUUUAUGGAGACAUAUUAACAGGGUUCUCUGUUAGCCCCACAGAAAUAGUAGAUUGAGUUGUCCUUAACACUUAAUCUUGCUUUUAGUUCUUUGGUUUUUGCCAAAGAACAACUGAUAAGCAGCAAGAACAUGCCUAAUAGUGAACCAUGAGCCACAACUACGUCGCCUUUCUCCCCUCCCCCCAAAAAACAUUGUUCCUAACCUGUUUGAGUAUAAAGAGACAACAUUAAACAUACACAUAACCCCCUUAUGAAUAUAGGGUGGUAAUUUUAUAGUUGUAUUCGCCGAGAGAAAAUAAUUCUCAUUUGCAUUCAUAGAACCUUACAGUAGCUUCAUCUGCUACUUUCCCUCCUGCCCCCUUCCCCUGCCUCAACGAGAGCCUCUGACAUUUUCAGCCUUUGUGAUGGAAACCAUUGCCCUGAAUGUGAGGAAAUGCUAGAAGUUUUGCACAUUUUCUCAGUCUUAUUUAUUAAGAAAACUAAAGUCAAUGGUCCUGAUAUGACACUGUAAACUGAGAAGGAUGGUCUAGAUGCCUGGUGGUGUGAUGGAAAAGAUACACUAGAUGUGGAGUCAGAAGACCUGGUUUCGAAUAUUGUUGCUUGUGUGACUUGGAUCAAGUCAUUUCUUUCUGGGCCCAAGUUUUAUCAGAAAUAAAAUGAGGUUGAUUGGACUAGAUAUAUGUGGACUCUUCCAUUAUUGCCUAGGUCAUGCAAGUGGAAUGGAUUAUAGACAACAUUUGAAUUCACUAUCUAACUGGACAGGACUAAAGGGAAGAGAGCUUUUGUUUUCUAAGUGCCUAAUUUUUCCUCUUUUUUUUAGUGCCUGGUGCCUCUUAUUGUGCCCCUUAUCAUAUAGUCAAGGGGCAAAUUAUCCCAAGGUGUAAGAUGCCCUUUGUCAAAAAAAGGCUGCUGGAAGUGGGAGUGGAGGGAUAGAUGGAUGGAGAGAAAGGACAGGACAGGAAGGAGCAAUCUUUUCCAGUUAAUUUUAACAUGUUUUCCUGGGCUUUACACAGGCAGACAAAACCUGUUCUUACCAUAAAAUUUCAAAUAAAGUCAUGGAUCGUAUUUUUUAUUUCAGACCUUGAUGGCCAGGAGAUGUUAUACAUUUAGAAUUGUCUGCUGUUACAAAUAUCAUUUCUUAGAGAAUCGUAGACCGCAAUUUCAGUUAAUUGAGUUUUGUUGGCAGAAAUAGAGUUUUUUAUCUUCUGUGUAUAUAUACAUAUGUGUGUGCAUAUCUGCAGCUAAACACAUAUAAAUAUUUUUUGAGUACUGUUUGAAAAUUCAGCGGUACCUAUUUUCACUGAUCCCUUUUAUAAUGAAAUAACUAUAGUCUGGAAAAAAUUUAAAUACUUUUUUAUAUUCAAGAAAUGACACCUUUAUUUUGGGAGUACUUUUUUAAAUGAGUGUUGAUCUCAACUUGUAGAAAAUCUAAGCACAAUAUGUGGCGAUUUAAUCUGAUAAGAGCAAAUGCAGGAAUCUAUCAAUAUAUCAUUACAUUUAAUACAAUACAGUAUUAAAAAUAUGGAUAUUUCAGAUGGUGCUUUUAGGAACUGGGUCUUUAUAAUACUUAACUGAGUUAAAAAACAAAAGAUAAUACAUGUAUCAUGUGAAUUUGCAUCCUUCUAAUGUGCAAGGAGGUGUCUGGAAUAUGAGAGAACAAACAAAACAGUGGACUCAAGUUAGCUUGUGAAGAGCUUACUAAAUUUUAUGGAAGAGCAAGAUUUGGGGAGAAAUAGAAAUGAUUAAAAAAAUGAGGCUAAAGUAUUGAGAGCCUUUUAGGAAACAUAUUGGAGUGUUCAUUUGCUUUAUAAAAUACAAAUGUUUCUUCAAGAAGUUUUUCCUGUAUUACAUCAAAAGAUAGCUUCAUCUAAUUUAUAUGAAAAAGUUUUGUAGGGUACGAGUGCUUGUAUGUUUCCAUAGUUAAGCAAAACUGUUGGCUCAAAAGAAAAAUAAUCCUAUUAGAUUUCCGUAAAGUGUAAUGGACUGCCUUGCGAAGUGGUGAAUUCUUUGAAUUCUUCAAGGAGAUGCUUGAAUGGCCACUUGUCAAAAAUAUUAUAAGGGGAUUCCUUAUUAGGCACAGACUCUGAAGUCCUUUCCAAUUCUUUAGAUUCUGUGAUUCUGAAACUUGUAGGUUUCCUAACACAGAAAGAUCUGAAAAAACUGUUGAAAAUCUUUUAAUUUCAUUGUUUCCUGUAUAAAAGCUUUUUCUUCCUUGAAGCAAUCUCCCAAGACUUAUUUGAAUAUAAAUAUGUUCACUUCAAGAACUUAACAUUAACGAAAACCACAACAAAAAAUUUUAACAUAGUUUUUUCUUUCUUUUAGUACUCGAAGGGCCUACUUAACUACAAUUUAUAAGGAAUACUCAGCACGAAUUCAAUACAACCCUUUUUUUCUUGAAAUGGGACCAGAAAGUUGGAUGAUCUUCCUAUAUUCGGGAUUAAGGUGUAGAGCAGUCCCGUGGUGCCCUGUAAAGUAGUUAAUGGUUAAAUUCAUCUUCGUCAGAGACACUACAAUUUAUAAAUGGCAGAGUAUUAACCCUACAAAACUUAACCUCUCCUUUUUCCAGGAUAACUUUUGGAUUAUAUCUUAUAGCAAGUGAGGUUAUGUUGCUCAAACUUUGUCAUCCUUUUGGAAUUUGUUUUCUACUUGUGUGCAUUUAUAAAUUACAAUGUUUGGAAUAUUUGAAGGAUUGUUUUAAGUCCUGUAUUAAUGUUUUCUGUGGUUACUGUUCUAAUUUUGAAACAAACAUCUGUACAUAGCAAUAGAAGUGUUUACAUUGUAAAGUUUGUUAAAUAAAACACUUGCAAUAGUUUUGCCACCUGAUUUUUUUUUUUGUUUAAAUGUAAAAAUUUGAAAAUUUGGGUUGUAAACUGCAAUCUUGACUUUAUUGAAAAGUAUUUUGAGGCAUUAGAUAGAAAGCAUUGAAUUUGGAGGAAGAUGAUUCAGAAUCUCAGGCUUUGCUGUUGACUCCCUGUGUGGUGAUGAACAAGUCACGUCACCUCUUUGGGCUUCAGUUAAGAUGAAAUGUGACUGGAUUAUCUCUAACUUUGUGUCUAGCUGUAAUUCCUAGGAUGUUAGUUGAAGUCCUGACUUCCUUGGGCCUCGUGUACAUUUAGAUUCCUGCAGCAGUUGCAUUCCAGUCUUGAGACUAGGUGAUUCAGGGUCAUGGUGAUGAUGACAACGGUGACUCUAGAACCUUGGUUGGAAGGGACCCUGAAGCUUGUAGGGUCCGACAGCAGACUUGACAAGUGGUGGUUGGGCUGUUGCUUCAACUAGCUCAGAACUGCAUCAAAUGAGACCUUAAUUUUGUGAGAGGGUAAAUUCAUGUUGGCAGAUUAAAGCUCAGAGUGGCAGAGUUUUAAGUUCCUAUCCCAAUAGAGUGACAUCUUAAUGACUUCAGUAAUCACACCUGGCUGAAAUGCUGGAUUAGGUUUGAUCUUUAAAAAGAAAAAAAUGCUGGAAAGGAGAGUUCUUGUGCAAUUGUUGAUCAAGUUUAAGGAAAGGAUAGAGAGUAACGAGAAAUACUGACUUGGUCUUACAUUCUACAUUUCUCACAAGUGCUUCCCCCUAAAAAAGUAAAAAGUGUGACACGCCUCUGGUAUUGACAGCUACGAAGUCAACUGUUGAAUGUGUCGGUUGAGAAAGAUUUCCAGUGUUGAGUUUGGUGUUUCAGAGAGGCCCAUUGCUCCCUCAAUUGCUGUUUCUAAGGUAUUGCUUAUAACAGGGAGCGCUCACAGAGCCCCUUUAAGGUUUGCCAGGUGCUUUGUAAAUAUUUUAUUUGAUCCUUGAGAGGUUGGUGCUGUUAUCUCCAUUUCACAGUGAAGGAAGAAGAGGUUCAGUGAUCUGCCCAGAAUCACAGAGCAGUGCAGUGUCUGAGGCCUGAUUUGGACUCAUUUCUUCCUUGCCUCCUUAGCUAGAUUAGAUUCAUAAUGUGAAAGGGCGCGCCCUCAUGUGUGCCUUUGGUGACGUGUGCCUGUUUUUGUGAUUUCGUAAUACAUUUCUGUGAUGGGAAGUUUUUCAACAGAUAAUUCCUCAUAGAAUAAGGAAUAAUGACUGAAUAAAAGCAAAACAAUUGGGAUCUUAAACCUUGUGGUUAAUAGGAUUCCAAUAUCUUUGGAAGAGAGAUGGACUUAUUUAACUCUGAACUAUUAACUGUGAAGAAGAACUCAUUUAAAAAGUAUUAAUAGCUUGAAUCAUUUGUUAAGAAGUAACAGUGUAGGGGUAAGUCUUAGAUUUGAAAUUGAGAGAGACCUGGCUUCAAAUCCUUCCUUUCACAAUUAAGUAGCUUGAUGACUGAGCAAGUCUAUCGGCCUUUCUGAACCUCUGUUCCUCUCGUGUAGAAUGAAGAAUCUAUAGUUCUUGGGUCAUAAGGAUGUGAGGAUCAAAUGAGAUCAAAGGAUCAUAGGUUUGGAGUUGGAAGAUAACUUCAAAGGCUGGCUAUGGCUGGCUAUAUUUUGGGGUAAUUAUGUAAAAGUUCUUAAAUUCAUAUUAUACAUAAAAGGUAAUUAUUGAGGAUGGGUUUGGUUUUUAAUCCUGCCUGUGACCAUGGAAAAAUCACCUUACCUCUAAGCAAUUUUCUAAAACUAUUAAGUUACAGAAAAAGGGCUAUCCUGAAUUAGUAGUGUCCUUUCCUGUGAGUAGCCCAUGCUGAUGAAAUCCCAUUUCCAGUUACUGUUCUGUCCCAAUUUGUGAUAGUUAUUCCACAACUAAAAUUGUGCGAUUUCUCAGCCAGCAGAGUGCAGAGUUGGCUAGGGCCGGCUGGAAAGCCAUCCAGGGACUAGCCUUGUAAGACUCCCCCGAUUUCUGCCUAUGAUAAUUUGUGAAAUGCCUCUCCUGGCUGAUAGAGGGUUUGGGUCUGCUUGGUGGAAUGUGAUGGCAGUGAUGCCCUCCCCUGUGGAGUAGGAUGUCCAUCCUGGCCCCAAACAUCCAGUUAUUUCAUAGGUCCCAGGUCUCCCCUUAAUUUCUUAGCUCUAGAAGCCAGCUCAUCCAAUCCCCUCAUUUUCCAAAUGAGAAAAUGGAUCUAGGUAUAUUGACCCAAAGUCAGCACUAAUAAGUGCCAGAGCUGUGCUUCUCUGGAUCACGUGCUCUUUUCCUUGCAUCAUGUUCACUGCAAGAGAAGCAGAGCUUUGUAGGUACUUAGUGAGUGAUUUGGCCAGUCGGUGUAGUGAGGGCAUCUGCUGUAGAUUUUGAGCCUUUGGGUUAAUGUGAUGUGUGGGGAUGUGCCUGACGUCUGAAAUGCCUGAAGAGAACAGAACCGUACGCUGAAGGGACGGUUACCUCUGACUUGCCAGGUGGGAUUCUGGAGUUUGCCAGGUUUACUGACAGCUGGCUGGGCUGGAGGGUGAUUGCUAAUCAUCAUUUGGGGAUUCAGUUUCAUAAUGAUUUCUAAGUAAGGUAAGGCUGGCGUGGGAGAACCCAGACUGUUACCCAAGGGUAGGAAAGGGAGAUCUGGGAGAAUGCUGAGUCAGACUACAGUCAGGACUCCUGUUCUAAAUGCCACGUUUCCUAAAGGACUUUUAUUUCCUUUAAGAGACAAAAGACUUGUGCUUUGGGCCACACAUUUCACUGAUGGCACUCCUCAGCCCUCACAGUGGCCCAUUGCUUCCUGGGAUAUUCCCUCUGCCAGGGCCCGUCAGGCCCUAUAGCCUUGCAAACGUGAUGACCCUGAUUGCCCAUGCUGAAGAUUGUUAGGUCCCGAGCCUCUUCCAAUCCCUUUGGGUCUGUGCUCUGAUCCCCUCUUCCUGGUCCCCUAAGCCUUCGUGGCAGUUGUGUGUGAAUAGUGCUCUGUGUGUAAGUGCACAUAUAUAUUAUAUAAGUGUCUAUGCACGUAGACACGUGUGUGUUGUGUGAAUACAUCUCAUGCUGUGAGAAUAAAGCAUUGUAUAGGAUCUAACACCUCUGAGAGGGAAAAGGGUAAUUAUCAUUUUACAAAUGAGGAAAUUGAGGUAGGCAGCUUAAGUCACUUGCCUGUAAUCAUGCAAAGUAUCUGAGGCCAGAUUCAAAUUCGGUUCCUUCUGCCCUCGUGUGCCACCUCCUCCCUCUUAUUAAGUUAUUCCCCAAACAUUACAAUAGUUCAAAGAAAAACUCAUUGCAACUCUGAAAUAUGGUGUACGUAAGUCGUAACUCCUGCCAGGGAGCAAAAUUCCUCACUCAAUAUUUAGAGAUAUGGCCUGCAGAGCUACUGAGUUGUGUAAGAAAUAAAAUUAGUCUCCUCAGGGGGAGCUAAUUAUUCCACAACUUAAGGUAAAUUACACAUUUCUUUAUAUGGGGAAAUGGACCUUAGAGAGCUCAAACAAUAUGUUCAAGGGAUUAAGCUGAGAAUGAAGUCUUCUGAUUUUUCAAUCCCAUGAUUUCUCCACUGUAUCAUUAAUCAACCCAGAAUUAUCACCUUAUAUGGAGAAGCUAAAUUUGUCUACUUUGGUUAAUUCCUAGGAGAUUCCUAGGUAAUUCCUAGGAGAAAUGCAAAAGAUCAAGUUUCAUAUCUCAUUUGUUCAAGAGCAUUAAAUCACUAGUGUAAUGUAUAUUUUGUGAAAGGAUUAAAGGUGAGAUCCAUCAUAAUUUAUGCUUUCUUGAUAGCAGCUCACCUUUUUGCCCACAACUUAAAAUAUUUCUCUAAAUAAGCUUUCAUAAUCCCCACUUCAGUAAACCCACAUUUUCAAGGAGUGCUGUUUGUCUCAGUUUUCUUUUACUAGAGUAGAGAGAACUGGACUCUAUUCUGAAGUUGGAAAUGUACUUCUAACUAUUUUUGUGUCAUUGAGCAAAUCACUUUACCUCUCUUGAGCUUGUGUCUUUUCCACUAGGGUGGAGAGCUGUGAACUAAAGUAAUAGAAGUGGUCAGAUAAAGAGAGCAAAUUUAAAUUGUUCCCAGGACUAGUUUGACAUAACAGUUUCUGGCUAGUCAGACACAAAUGUUGGCAAAACACAGCCCGAUUGACACUGAGUUCACAAGCAAAGAAAGAAGCUUGUUAAAUAGAGGGAAAAAUUAUUAAACAUUGAGAAAAAAGCAUUUCCUGCUCUUGAUCUGGUUUUACCUUUUAUUUCUCAUGGCUUUAUUUUGACCUCCCAAGUAAUAAUGGAACACAUCUAAUCUGAUUGAUCGUUUUAUAACAAUGUUAUAUUGUCCUGUGCUAAAGUUGUUUGAUGUUCAUAUGUGCUAUUUAUCUUAUCAAUUAAAUUUUUAAUGGUUUAACGUGAGAUCUAUGGAACUGUAACUAUUUCUAUUGUUUUGGAAAUAUGCAGAUAAUAGUAAUUGGCUUAAUUUCUUCUUCACAACACAAAUGUUAAGCAAAUGGAAAAAAAUUGGAGCCCAGAAAAUUUCCACUAAUAAUGGUGCCACUUGGUGAAAUUAUACUUUUAUCUUUUAAGAGAAAGUAUUAACUAUUAUUAAGAAGCAGAUAAUCUGGUUUUGAAUCCUAGCUUUACUACCUACUUUGUAAACUUUUUAUCUCUCUGGGCCCCAUUUUUUCUUAUCAGUAAUAUGAUUAAGCUAAAAGAAUAUCUAAUGUUUUCUAGCACUUAAAUGCUACUGUCUUUGGAUUUACUAAUUCUGAAAACACUAGGGGUUACUGAAUUUGAGUCCCAAAAAGAAGGCUGUCAGAUGGGGUAGAGAAGCCAUAGCAAUGUGUACUGGUCCAGGUUGCCUUGACAAAGGUAUGCCUUCACACAGAGCUAGCCAGCAACCAAGGAGUGAUCUCAACAGUCCCCUCCUUAUAUUAUAUGCAUGUAGCCCGAUUUCAGUCUGUUAGACAUGGAAGAGGGGGUUAUGUUCAUGGAUGGGUUCUCUCUAAAGGAUCAGUGGAAAAAAGAAUUGCAUAGUAGUUGGAUUUGACAUUGUCAGAGAAAAUACUUCUACUACCAAGAUCGUGAAUUCAGCAAUAUUUUAAAGAAGUUAAUGAGACAAGACUAUCUCUUGUCAUUAACUUUCUUAUUACCACUCAGUCCUUAGUCUUUAGUUGAGUUUCCUGGCAUGAGCUCCCCAUCUUAACCAACUUUGCUGAUCUAUAGAACUAACAAUACAGGUGAUAAACGGGAAAUAAGACUAAAUUUUAACAACAAAAAAUCUACUUUGUAGGGCUGUUACGAGGAAAGCACUUUAUAAACCUUUAACUUCUAUAAAUUUUUUUCUUUUUGUAACCAAAAUUUGAUUUUGUCUCGUGUAAAUUGUAUUUUCUAUUCAGAGAAGGAGAUAUACAAAAACUUUCCAUGAACCCAGUUGAAAUAUGAUGAGAAAUUUAACCUGUUUCUUUCUUUUAAGAAAUUCUUUAGGAAUAGUCCCCAAAAUAAUUUCAUUGUUUUAAGAGAAUGAUGAGAGGGAGAACCCAGAAUAUAAUUCUGAUGCUCACAACUAGAGUCACAAGCAUGUGAAGUGGGAUAGAAGCAAAGCAGGAAGAGGGGAUCUUUUCACAGAAACCUCAAUGAUUAGAAAAGGGAGCUCCAUGAUUACUAGGUCUCAAUCUCACACCUGACUGUGACCCAGACAUGGAAAUUAAUAUACUGAAGGACACAUAACUCAUUAGUGGAAGAACCGACUAGAAUCCAUAUUCCCUUAUUAAUGGUCCAUUAUUAUUUCUGCAUCAUUAAAUAGGUCAUGAAAUCUUAAAAAUAUUUAUAUAUCCUUUUAGCCAAUUUAUGACAUGUAUUAUUAAAUUUCUUCUUCAAAACAUAAACUUCGCCAAAAUCCUACUCUGAUAUUUUAACAUGUUGUGGACCUGACCAAAGGUUAUAUGAGUGGAUUCUCAGUUCUAGAAGGUCUGAUUACCAAGCUGGAUAAGGUUUUAAGAAUGAGCCUGUUGACAAACUAUAGAUCUUUAGGACAAAGUUCAAUCUAGCUAGUGCUGAGAGGGUCAUUACAAAAGUGGCUAUAAUAGGAUGAAUUUUGCAGCCAUUAAAAACAGAUAAGAACUAUGAUUGAGACAUGGAAGGAAAUUCCACAUUAACAAAACUAGGAUCUUUGAACUAUUAACAUUUCUCUAUGUCUCUGUCUCUCACUCACGUCUUUUAUUUUUCUUCUAAAAGGAAGUAGGAAACAAUUAUAUGAUCAUUUGGCUAUAUGUGUUCCCAUUAAUAAUGGUCUCAGACCUAAAGUUCUUGGAUUUGAAAUGGAAACAAGACCAUUGCUAUAAGCUUUCAGUGUUUCCAGGACCCUUUGUGCAUAUAACUUGUGAAACUAUCACAAGGGGGAAUCUUCUCUCCCCAGCAGUCAUGGUAUCUUUGUAACGGCUUCCGGGUCUUUGAAAACUGGUUAAAAGCAUUCUUUCUGUUUCUAAGGGAGAAAGACACAAGAUAUUAAUAGAGGUAAUGGAAAGGCCUGGUGGAGAAACUAGGGUUAGAAAUUUAGGUCUGCUCUUAAUUGGCUAGUUGAGCUUGUGCAAGGCAUUCCCUUCUGGGUCUUUCUUCUGUUAUAAAAUAAGAUUGGACAAGGGUAUUUGUAAAGUGCUUUCACAUUCAAAUUUUCUGUUUUUAAAAAUAGCUGGUAUAGCUGAAAGGUAAAUUAGAACAAGGAACAUAGAAUAUUCAAUCUGGAAUGAAGCUUAGAAAGUAAAACUUGGAGGAAAUGACAUUGUAUUAUAUUACAUGCAAAGUUUCCUUUUAGCCCUUAAUAGUGUAUAAUUUCUUCUUUAAAAUGAUACAUUCAUUCUCUUAAAUGAGUUCAUAGGUUCCUAUUAUUAUCUUUAUGUAGAUGACUCAGAAGUCUACAUCUCUUGCCUGAACUGUAUCAACCAACUUCUGCUGGAUGGCUCUAUUUGAGAGCUCUAUGGGCCUCUUAAACUCAAUCUGUAUGAAACUUGUUUCCAUUCUUCCCAAACCCCAUCUCCCUUAGUAUCUCAAUUAUUUAAUUCCUGUCACCCAGAUUAACAACUCUGGAGCCAUUCUUUUUUUCUCCUUAUAUCCAAUAAUUUGCCAAGUAUUAUUGAUUCUAUGUAAGAUAUUUUGUGUCUGUUUUUUCCAGCUUUCAUAGCUAUCAUUCCAGUUCAGACCCUCAUCACAAACCCUGUAGCAGUUGCUUGCUAAAUGUUUUUUUUCUAUUCCUAAUAUCUCUAAUCCAUCCUUUAUAUAGCUGCCAUAUUGGUCUAACCAUGUCAUUCCUGCUCAAAAAACUUCACUGGCUCCCUGUUGCUUAUAAGAUAAAGCACAAAUUCCCCUAUUUGCCAUGUAAAACCCUUUAUUCUGACUAUAACUCCUCUUUUGAUGUUUGUUUUACAUCAGUUUCCCUUAUGCACUCAGUGUUUUGGACGGGCAGCCUAUUUGCUGUUUACAAUAUAUAGCAUUUCAUGUUCCAAGUUUGUUACUUUCAUAAAGCUACUCUCUAUUUCUGAAAUGUUCUUUUGUCCCUUUUUUUCUUAGAAUCCAUUUGUCCUUUCGUGCUUUGUUCAGAUGUUAUUUUUUGCUUAAACCUUUCUCAGUUGCAAUAGUUAUUAAGUCUUGCUUUUUGAAAAUACUUUAUGUGUGUAAUAUCCUUUGCCCCAGCCCUAGUAAAAUAUCUCCUUGAGGACAAGCAUUUUUUAUUUGUCUAUUCCAUAGGAUAUAGGGUGUUUGAACAGCUUUGUUCAAAAACAGCAAAGCUUUUUUCAGUUAUUACUGUCACUCUCACUUGCCAAUUGAUAAAUUCAGAACGCAGAAUUUUGAAAAUAAUAGCCAAUAUAAAUGUUUGCUGAAUUUCAUUUCUUUAGUGGAAAGCUCCAAAGAAAACUAGGAAGACAUGUAAGAACUAAUGCACAGGGAAGUGAAUAGAACCCAAACAAUUUGCAUUAAUAUAUAAUAAUAUUACAAAUAAAAACAACUUUGAAGGCUCUGAUCAUUGAAAUGUUAAAUUAGGACUCUAGAGGAAUGAAGCUGAAGUGUGUUACCCACUUCCUGGCAGAGACAGUGAUAAACUCAAGAUUCAGAAUGCAUUUUUGGACAUUUGCUUGAUUAAGCUUUUUCGUUUUCUGUUUUGUUCAAUUGGUGUAAAGGGAGGAAGGGAAAAUUAAUGCUUAUUAAUUAAAAAAAAUCAAAAACAGUAAAAGACUAAUUUCUUUGAACUGAAUUUCAGUAUUGCUCUUUAUGUCAUGGCAUGUGAUAUAAUAUGUGAAUAAACGUGGUAUAUUUUAUAAAACCAGACUGAUUUCCAGAUUUUUCUGCAUAUUAUGAACCUCUUAAUAGGAAUUUUUACUAGAUUUGUUUUAAAGACU